UUUGUGCGGUACUUGUGCUGCUUGGCAUAGAAAAAAGCAACAACAAUUGCAUAACAAUAGCCAAGCUUUAGCUAUUGGCCCAGUUGAAACCCGGAUUACACUUAACAUUAAUUCCAAGUGAAGCCUCGCCAUCUAAAUUCAAAUUUAUUCAAAAUGAUGUCCUUCAAAUCGUUUGUGUUGCUUAGCUUAUCACUUGCUGCCAUCGCCGCCUACGCUUACGCCCAGAUAGCGCCCGGCUCGAACGCGUACUUGCCGCCCACCAAGAACGGCUAUGACUACCCGGAGCCUAAUAAACCAUUCCAACCCGCUCAGCCCGGUCGAAACGGUGGUUCACGUCCUGCACCAUCUCCUACACGCCCCAUUCCCGGUCAACCCGGCGAUGAUCAUGUACAUAUGCCCGGCAUGCCAUUCGACUUCGAGUAUGCUGUCCAGGAUCCAGACACAGCCAACGACUACGCGCACAAGGCUUCCAGCGACGGCGAUGUGGUGACUGGCGAGUAUCGCGUCCAGCUACCCGACGGACGCACUCAGGUGGUACGCUACACGGCCGACUGGAAGACUGGCUACCAUGCGGACGUCAGCUAUGAGGGUGAGGCUCAGUUCCCACAGGGACCAGCAGCAGGCGGACGUGGUGGUGGCGGCGGCGGUGGUGCCGGUGGCUACAAAUACUAGAAAGAAAGAGGGAGCAGAGCUCGGUCCGUAUCGCGUUUUGAGUUAUGUCUGUCGUCAUUAUCUUGUUGUGAAUUCCAUAACAAAUGUCUAAACUUUAU